AUGACCGACCCAAACGCGUCCCUGCGCCAGCUCGCACCUGGCCCAUCGCCCACCUCCCCGACAUCCAAGCCUAAGAGCUCCGUCAAGGGCAAGGACAGACAGCGCUCGCCGACGCACUCCCAGCCAUGGAAGAAGCGCGUCUCAACAGCGUGUCUGGCAUGCAAGAAGUCGAAACGCAAGUGCUCCGGCACCGCGCCCUGCGACAACUGCCGCGCUUUCAACCGUGCCUGCAUCUUCGACGAAUCGCUCGACCAGCGCCGCCGCGUCGCCCAGAAACGCACCGCCGACGAACUCAACUACCACCGCGACAUGCUUAACGACCUCUUCCACCUCGUCCGCGCCGCCGACGAGCCGCACGCCCUCCGCCUCCUCGAGAUCAUCCGCAAGAACGCCACCGCCGAGGAGAUCCGCGCGUACAUCGACGAGACGCUCGCGCGGCUCGACACUAGCGGAGGAGGAGGAGGAGGAACUGGAGCGGGGGCAGAAGCCGGAGCAGAAGCGGAGGCCGGUAGGGGCGCUGGCGCCGACGACGAGGCCGCCCACCGCCUCGAGGACAUCAAGCGCAUGAUCGGCGUCGAGGGCGCGGGGCCGACCUUCCGCCGCAAGGUCAUGGACAUCCACUACCUGUGCGACGAGGCGCCGUGCGCGGUGCCGGCGCAGCCGUGGACGGGCGUGACCGAGGACGCGGCCCUAGUCUCGCAUCUCGUCUCGCUGUACUUCACGUGGGAUUACCCGUUCCAUGCGUUUCUGGACCGCGAUGUGUUCCUGCGGGCGAUGGGCAGCGGAGAGCUGGCCUCGGAGUUUUGUAGUCCGUUUUUGGUGAAUGCGUUGUUGGCGAAUGCGUGUCAUUUCUCGGAUUUCUCCGAGGCGUAUGUCGUCCCUGGUGACCUGGUGACCAAGGGCGCCGACUUCUUGUCCGAGGCGGAGCGGUUACGGGAGCAGGAUCCCCGGAAACUCAGCCUGGCGUAUCUGCAGGGCACGCUGCUGUUGUAUGAGCGGUACUCGAUCUCCGGCGACGACGACCUUGGGUAUCUCAUGCUGCACCAGGCGAUCCGGGCCGGGGAGUCGCUGGGCCUGUUUGGGCCGGGGAGCGUGAAGCUCGAGGAUUGCUCGACUGAUAUGGAUGUUUCGAUCAAGCGGACGGCGUGGGGGCUGUUCCAUGUUGAUACCGUCGUACAUACCGGCUUCCUCCGGCCGAGUCUCAUCGACAAGAUCAACGUCGACCGCGUCGGCAAGGCAGACGACUCCGACUCCACGGCGCUGUGGAUCCCGUACCCGUCGCAUCGGGCGGCGCGCCCGGCCUAUCUCCAUCAGUACUUUGAGGAAUCGUGCAACCUGUGCGAGAUCGCCCGCGAUAUCUCCCGGGCAUUGUUCGCCGAUGACCUGAGUAAUGCCUCGGCGGCGUACCGGCGCCAGAUCAAGGAGGAUCUGUACGAGAGGCUGCGCCGGUGGCAUAAUGCGCUUCCGGACGUCUUUGACCCCGGGCGACGGCCUCCGCCGCAUAUCAUUCUCCUGCGAAUGCGCUACUUCACACUCGUCAUCAACCUGUUCUCAAGCAGCCCGGACGACGACGUCUCCAGCGUCGCCUCCGACGCCCCCCAGACGCCCGAGAGCCCACCGCGCCACAGCCCGAUCCGCAGAUACCACGCGUGGGAGAUCACGCAGUCGGCGGCGCGGGGGAUCGCCUCGCUGACGCGCCUGCACCGCCGCGAACACGGCAUGCGGCGCGCACACCACUUCGCCCUGUACGCCAUCAACCUCGCGCUGUUCACGAUGCUGGAGCAGGACGCCUUCGACGUCCUGGACCCGGACUUCCUGUCGCUCGUGAGCUCGUUCUCCAUCCUCGCGAGCCGCUCGCACCUCGGCCGCAGCCUGUUCCAUAUCUUCCGGCAGUCGGUGCGCGCCAAGGCGCAGGGCAGCCGCAUCCGGGCGUCGAGCGCGGUCUCCGACGAGCUGAAGGACUUGUUCGAUGAGGCGGCCCCGCUGAAGGAUCUGACCCGCUGGGACGAGUACGCGGAGGGCCUCCACAAGCUCAACGAGGACGAGCGGUACCAUGGGAUCGGCGAGGGGGAGCACGGCCUCCAGGACUACCCGGGGCUGGGACUCUUCGACAUGCUGGACCGGUACGAGAGUCUGAGUCUGGGCAAGGAUGAGAUCGUCCCUGAGAGAUGCAGGCCGGAGUGA